ACCUUCCCUCCUCCUGUGCAAGGGGCAAGAGAAAAAGUCACACGCUCAAGAGUUCAGUUGCUCAGUCGCUCACACAGGUACACAGGAUACUGAGGUUGAGCGAGAGACAGGACACGGAGAACAGCAACUGGUUGCUCACAGACACUUCCAAGGAGGGCACGGACAGCCUGCCCUAUGUGUGGCUACUCUCAAGGCUUCACAGCCUCCACCACCACAGCCAUGUUAACCUCAGAACAGUCACUACAGAGCACAAGGGUCGUCACCGCAACAAUGCCAGAGACACAGGAUGUAGACAUGACAUUGUGGAGCGAGGCAGCCUUUGAGGAGAAGUGCACUUACAUUGUGAAUGACCAACCUCUGGAGCAAGAGUCCGAAAACCGCGGGAAGACGCGAGCCGAGAGAUCCUUACCCAGAAACCUGGGCCUGAGACGCUGCCACAACUCGACAGAGGUGCUUGGGGUGACAAGUAAGGAGCUGAUUCCUAAGGGGACACGUUUUGGCCCUCUGGUGGGGGAAAGCUAUACCAACGAAAUACUGCUGACAGGCGCUGACAGGAAGUACUUCUGGAGGGUCUUCUCGGAGGGGAACCUACACCACAUCCUGGACGGUCUGAACGAGGAGCGGAGCAACUGGAUGCGCUACGUCAACCCAGCCUGUACCGUGGAGGGCCAGAACCUGGUUGCAUGCCAAUGCGGUUUGGACAUCUACUUCUACACCAUCAAACCUCUUCAGCAGGGCCAGGAGCUGCUGGUGUGGUACAGCCCUGAAUUUGCCCAGCGCUGUAGCUACCCUCCCCUGGGACAACUGGCAAUUGAUAGCAUGGAUCAGAGUCAAGCACAAGGGAAAACAUCAGGGAAACGAGGACACAGCGUCUCGGAAAUCCUCAGAGACGAGCCCUCCAGAUCCCCAACAACCUGCCCCAGACGUCUGGACAGAUCUUUGUCUCAGACCAACCUCUCAGCAGUUUUCCCGUUGUGUCCUCGUGUUUUCUACCCGAUCCAGACCAACUCAGAAUCUACCCACGGCCAGAGAUAUGCUCCGCUGCCAUCCCUGCCAACCUGCAGCCCUCCAGCUGUCAAAAGGCCAGCUCUGAGUCGUCCCGUUCCCUCCAUGUUGCACUUCAGCUUUCAGCACAGUCAAGGCCCUGUUAUAGCAAAACCUUACGUGGAGCCCUCUUUGCCUGAUCAAGUUCACCCUGCUCUGAGGCACGCUCCCUAUUAUCUGCCUCACUAUUCACUUGGCCAUAACAGCAUUCUACCUCAAUCAUACCAUUUCUGCAGUGAUCGACUGAAACGUCCCGUAACACCCUCAGCUCAUUUAUUACCUUUUGAUGGCUAUGCACACCUCCUCCAUCCUGUAGCCAAACGGCACAGAGACUUGACACUUGCACAAUCAAGUACCAAACACAACCUCAUUCUUUCACCAAACAGUGAACACAAAGACAACAAGGACCUCAUAUCCAGUAGGACAAACUACCUCAGGAUCCCCUUAGAUCACCUCAGAGAUUUCAAACUCUCUCCUUCUAGCAACAUCGAUGGAGACCAAACUAUACCCGCCACAUCCAGUGCCUUAUCAAUGGUCACCUCACUCCGUGGAGCAACGUCUUCCCGUUCAGCCAGAGGAUGCUCACCACCAGUGGGCAUGGCUGCCACCUCAGACUGCCCCCCUUUCAAACCCACCUCUGCUUCUCGGGUUAACACUGAGGUUGCAAUUGACCUCAGGAAGGCCAAACGAGGAGGGGAGAUCAUAGGCUACAAGACUCUUUCUUACCCUCUCAGCAGGCAGAACGGAAAGAUCCGGUAUGAGUGCAACGUUUGUGGAAAGGUCUUUGGGCAGCUGUCCAACCUCAAGGUCCAUCUACGAGUACACAGCGGGGAGCGUCCCUUCAUGUGUCAGACGUGCAAUAAGAACUUCACUCAGCUGGCCCACCUGCAGAAACAUUACCUGGUACACACAGGAGAGAAACCACAUGAAUGCAAGGUAUGUCAUAAACGAUUCAGCAGCACUAGUAACUUGAAGACCCACCAGAGGCUACACUCAGGUGAGAGGCCGUACCAGUGCAAGCUCUGCCCAGCCCGCUUUACUCAAUUCGUCCACCUCAAGCUUCACAAACGCCUACACACUGGGGAACGGCCUCAUCGGUGUCCCCGCUGCCCCUGUGCCUAUCUCCACUACUGCAGCCUCCAGGUGCACCAGCAGGGCUUCUGCCCUCUCUCUCCCAUGGCCUCCCACAGACACUCGCCAGAGGAGCUGCACCGGGUCAACUCCGAGAUCCAGAGGUUUGACAUGAGCGAGGCGGCAGACCAGCUCGAGGCCAUGACUGCAGAGGCCGAGAUGGACAAUGGGAAUGUUAUUGACCUAAUGCAGAAGAUGGAGACCCACACCACGGGCGACCAGGAUGAUGCCGGAGAGGAGACUGAGCUGAGUAUCUACAAAUCAGCGAAGGAGUUUUCUCGAGUUCAGAUGCAUCGUGGCAGCCCUUUACCUCUGCAUCCAACCAGCAUCAAGCUGGAGUCAAGCUGCAUAUCAGAGCCCUAAGACAGCCUUGCUAAUCCAGCCAUAUAAUCCUUACAGGUCAACUCAGCAGCUGUCUGUUACUGCCCUAUUUGAAGUAAAGCCUUAUCUAAAUCAUGGAUUGCCUGGCCUAUACUCUACAGAAACUGUAACACGUGAAGAAUUCAAACUUUAUGGCCUGCAACCAGUGACUUCAUUGAUUUAAAUGUAUAAAUCUUCCUUAAUUUAUUCUGAUAUUAAUAUGAAUAUAAAAUGUAUUAAAAACAGAUUUGUGAGAUUUUC